AUGGCAAGCCAUGGGCUUGUCCUGGAACUGCUUCAACUCAGUGGCUUAAAAUGUGAACUGCCCAGAGAAACCGAGGCAGCCUACAUGACUUCCAAGGGGACCUGGGGCCAGAUGAAAGACGACUCAGGAACGGCCCUGGUGGAGGAAGACACUUUCAGGGAAGAGGCUCUUACAGUCUACGGUGGUCGCCAUCUUCACAUCCAGUCACCAGUUGCAUCUAGGGAGCUGCUGGCUAUAAAAGGGAUCAUCCAGUGGAGUUGUAAACGAGGAAGCCCACCAGCCUGCCUGGUUGAUGGACAGCAGGCUCUGCCUUCUGGAGGCGGCUUAUAUCCUAACAGCCUGAGGCAGGGCUCUGUGGCCCAGGCCAGCAGUGGCUGCCUCUCUUGGUUCUGCAUGGGACAUUUUGCCAACCCUGAGGACCAGUUCUUGGGGUUCCAGGCCUCGGCCUUCCUGCUCCACGUGCUCAAGCCCCCUGGGGCUGCGACACCAUCUGGCUCCUCACAGGGAGGUCCAGCCAUGUUCUCUGGGCUCCCAGUGAGCUCCCUCCCCUCCGUCUACCCCCAGAAUCCAUCCUUCAUUCCUCCACCAAGCUCCUGUGUGAGCUGCAGCGCCCACACGGGGGAAGCCCUGCACUCCAGCAGCAUCUUCCAGCCUUGGCACAGAACUGAUGGCAAAGGAAGGGCUGGGUUUUCAGCUCCUGGGACUUGAGGAAGACCACACCUCACUCCUCCUUCCCCAGUACAUCAGACUGGUUAGGAGGCAUCCCGGAAGGAGCAGCCUCAUGCCCAGGUUUCAGCCCUAAAGGUAAUGAUUGUCUUGACUCUGCCUUGGCAUUUCGCUCGGAAUCACGGCAGACGUGGAGUGUUUCUUCAAGGCAGGCAUCUGCUUAUGAGCAAGGUCCAUCAUAAACAUUUUUCAAAAUAUUGUGCAUUAAUUCAUUAAAGCUACUGUUAAAUAUU